AUGAAAGCCACAGAGAAAUUCACUUUUCAGGAAAUGAUUGAUUUCACCAGAGGCUGGGACGCCGACUGCACCUAUAGAGUGCACCGGGCAGGCCCUCGAACUAGUGGCUUCCCUGACAGAGAUGGUGCAGAGGAGCAUGAACCUGCUCAGCCUCUACAGGAAUCUGAUCCUAGCCCCACCGGACACUCCAGGAGGAGCUGUAGUAGGACCAUCAGUGCCUCCUCCGACAGUAUGGAGAGGGAGACGAGAGGCUCCGGCACGCAGCCGAGGGAGAGCAAGGGCACCCAUGACAAGAGUGGCCCUUCAGAGCCUGCCCUGGACGAUGAUGAUGAUGAGAUAGGCGAGGACGAGGAGGCAGCGAAUCCCCAGUCAGAGUCAUCUGAGGAUAGAGACGACGACGCUGACUUAGAUUCUGAGGACGGAGACAAUGCUGAGGCAGGUUCAGCUGCUAGCUCAGAUAUAGAGGCCUCUGACAGUGGCACUGAUGGAGAUUGCUCUGAGUCCAUGCCCAUGAAGAGGACGAAGAGGGCCUCUCGAUCCUGA